CCGCUCAAUCUUUCCCUUUGCACACUUUGUCUUUAUCCCAAAACCACUCGCAGUGCGUCAACGGGUGCUUCGAGCCUAACAAGACUACAGACUGGAUAGACUACCUUUAGAUUCGUUUUUCAUCGCACCUGUUCUUCGCCAGACUCGAUCUGUUUGCCUCCCUAACGAAAACCCCUCCUUCCGCAAGCUGCCCCCGCCUUCUCCAGACACAAUCAACGACACACCAUGUCGCGCCACCGCGUCAAGGCUGUUAGCUAUGAUGAAGACGAAUAUGACGAUGGCUACUACUCCCCCGAUCCUGAAGAACAGGAGUUCCUCGAACAGUGCACGACAGAAGUGCUGAAUCAGCUGCGUGCGGGGGACCCCUCAGUGACUGCGACCCGCAGUGAAGUCCAGGAUGCACUAUACCAUUACUACGAUGAUAUUGAGAAAUCCGUGAACUACCUCAGAGGUAAAAAAGUCAAGGAACUUCAGAAGAAGCAGGCCGCCGCCGCCGCUCCUCCUGCGGCUCUGAAGACGAAAGGGACAUCAGUGCCAGUAUAUCCUGAACCGCCUCUGAUAUCUCCCGCCCCGGCUGCACACUUUUCGGCGGCUGACUUCUUUCGCGACGCCCCAUGGUUGAAUAUCCCGAGUCACCGCAAGGCUGAGAUACUUGUGGAGCCGCUUUACCCCCGGCUUGGUCUUUUGGGUGGUGCGCCCGAGAGCGCGGGCGGGGGGAAAGUGUCAAAGUUGGCUGCCUUGGCUGCAGCGCGCAGGAAGAAAGAAGGCGACAAGGCUGCUGCUGCUACCCCGCCCGCAGCUACGGACUCAACUGCGGCUGAGACAGCCCCCAAAGCGGCUUCUACUGAGUCGAAAGGCGCAACCUUGUCGCUUCGCGAGAGGCUGGCGGUCAGCGGAAAGUUGCAGAAGUCGCCUUCCGACGGUCAUCAGUCACUGCGCUCUCUUGGUAGAGGGUCUCGGCAGGGUGGCUCCUUGUCAGGCAAGAAGACUUCAACCGAGCCCGAGCCCCAAGAAAGCCCCAAGCAGGAGGAGGCUGCAUCUGUGACUCCAGAGCCGAAGACAUCUGGGACGAGCGAAAAGGAGGAUCACACUGCUCUUAAUAUCCGUGCACCGCCGUCCACGUUUGCCAGCGCCAUGGUCGGAGAUUCGACACGACCCAAGAUGACCGAGCCCAGCCACUUAUCUGCAAACACCCUUGACUUGAUCAGAAUUUACGGACAAGAUCUUACUGAACCUUUUGACUUUGCAGGCCCCAGCCCCGACGACGUUGUCAUCAACGCACAGAGCUCUGCUAAAGGCUUCAAAUCGAAACAGCCUGCUUCUAAGUCGGCAGGUGACAAGAAGACGCAGGCUGACCUGGCGGGCGGAAUGAAUAAUCUCAGCGUUGAGGAGAAGGUGAAUGUCAAGAGCAAGAAUCUUGAUGUUCUGUCAGAAUACAAGAAGGCGGAACGGAAGAGAGCCAUGAAUUUUGCGGUUAUUGGUCAUGUUGAUGCGGGAAAGAGUACGCUGAUGGGCCGCUUGCUUGCUGAUUUGAAGGCAAUCGAUCAGCGCACGCUCGACAAGUACAAGCGGGAGGCAGAAAAGAUCGGGAAAGGUUCGUUUGCUUUGGCCUGGGUCCUGGACCAAGGCGCGGAGGAGAGAGCUAGAGGCGUUACAAUUGACAUUGCCACCAACAAAUUCGAAACGGAGAAGACGGUGUUUACGAUUGUCGACGCUCCUGGCCAUCGUGAUUUUGUGCCCAACAUGAUUGCCGGAGCCAGUCAGGCGGACUUUGCCGUCCUUGUUAUUGACUCCAGCAUCGGCAAUUUCGAGUCUGGGUUGAAGGGACAGACCAAAGAGCAUGCUUUGUUGGUGCGGAGUAUGGGCGUGCAGAGAAUCAUCGUGGCUGUGAACAAGAUGGACUCGGUACAAUGGGACAAGGAGCGUUUCGACGAGAUUGAGCAGCAGGUCUCCUCCUUCCUGACGACUGCCGGCUUCCAGCCCAAGAACAUCAACUUUGUGCCUUGCUCGGGUAUCAGUGGCGAUAAUGUGACUCGGCGCAGCGAUGAUCCGAAUGUGUCGUGGUACCAAGGGCGUACUUUGGUUGACGAGCUGGAGGCCACCGAACCGUAUUCCCAUGCGGUCGACAAACCUCUGCGAAUGACCAUCGGUGAUGUGUUCCGGGGUAGUGUUCAAAACCCCUUGUCGAUAUCCGGCCGCUUAGACGCUGGCAGUUUACAAGUGGGCGACCAGAUAUUGACUAUGCCCAGCGGCGAAACUGCCACUAUCCGGAGUUUGGAAGUCGAUGGCGAACCCAACGACUGGGCUGUGGCGGGUCAGAACGUCGUUUUGAAUCUAGCUAAUAUUGACCCCAUCCACCUUCGGUCUGGAGACGUGAUCUGCCGCGCGUCCGCGCCUAUUGCCAACGUCACGUCGUUUACGUGUAAGGUGUUGGCUUUCGACCACCUGUUGCCUAGCAUGGUGGACAUCCACCGUGGUCGCCUGCAUGUCCCCGGACGGAUCAGCCGGCUCCUGUCAACGCUCGAUAAACAAUCCGGCGCUAUCAUCAAGAAGAAGCCCAAGAUUGUGGCGCCGGGCACCGUGGCGCGGAUUGUUGUCGAAAUGGACCAAGCGGUGCCUCUCGAAGCGCCUACGCGGAUUGUUCUUCGGGCGGGAGGCGAGACUGUGGCCGCGGGCUUGCUGGAAUAAAUAGAAACCGGCCAUUACGCACCGACUACGAAUACAUAGACAACACUUUGCUUCUGUUACUUUCUAUGGAGGUCUUAAGAAUGAUGACUCGAGCUGGGUGCUUGAUCGUGCCCCCGACUGGCCUGAUGUGGAGGCUUUCAAAGAUGCCACGAAUGCCAGGGCUGUAGUUAGUAGUUUGCUUUCUAGACUAGAUCCUGACAGACCCUGUGUCAUCCUGACACAACGAACUGAAACUGACCUUAAGCGUCUUGGUCAGAGUGGCUGAAAGUAAGGGAAGCCUCCUGAGUGGAGGGGGAUCCACUUGCCUAAAACGAGACCCUGGAAGAACGGUGGACGGGG